UGUAGAAAAUGGUAAAAAUAAAAACCCUUGAAUGAGUAGGUGUCUAAACUUUUGACUGGUACUGUAUAUAUUUAUCUAGAGAGUACAAGCGUUGAGUAUAUGUGCUUAACACAUGCAGACAGAGAUUUUGUGCUGAAACUAGACUGUCUGGAUUGUAUCAGAUUGACUUUAUGCUUUUUAAAGAAAAAUGUAUACUGGUGCUCUUUCAACCACACAAACAGAUUUCAGAAAAUGUUCUGGGUGCAUCCAAAAACCAAAUGUCAUCUCAUUUCUGCUGCUUGUCCUGGGAUAUGUCUUAAAACUGCCUCCUUCCCAUAGCGUGAGCAUAUUACAUCUAUUUGUGAUUACAAGUUAAUUGUUCCAAUAUAACUGGUAGUAGAAUAACUAGUAGGUAUUAUGUGAUUUUGCAACAAUCAGGCUUCCUUUUGAUCUGAUUGGCAAAUGAGUAUUUACUAAUUGAGGAUGUGAAGCAGCAGGACAUUCAUUUCUCUUCAUUGUUUUGUUCGUUUCACCUAUUCCCUCAAUGAAAAAUUACUCAUCAAAGCAUUAGUCACAAUGUGGCCCGGUAGGCAAGUGCUUUGUAACCAGGAAUGUGUAUAUCAACCCUUCUGUUCAAGUAAAGUGAGGACAAUGAUUUGUUCAUGUCAGACAUGAACAAAAAAGCGAAUUCCAUUGUUAACAGCGCUGACGGGCCUUUUUGUAAUUAUUGUUGUUUAAUUUUUUUUCUUGGUGUUUGAUAUAAUCGCAGUUGGUAUCAAUUAUGCUUUUAUUAUGACAAGAUUCAGAUCAAGUUUUAAUACUCUUAAACAGACAGUGCGGUGCUCUCCUACACUUAAAAUGAGGGAAAAUGCAGCUAUUGAUUAAUACACUUCUGUUGUGCUAGAGGAGGGGAAAGGUUUAAACUUCAACACAGGCUAUUUAAUCAGAAAAUAUACUUCCUAGUUGGCUGGAGUGGCAAUGUGUGUGUGUGGGAGUGAGAAUAGUAUUGGGUAGUGAAUAUUGUUACUUCAGGUUUCAACAAACUUUUACAACAUGCCCCGUUUCUAAUAUGUCCACUUAAGAACUACGCCUAAGAUCUCUCUGGCAAAUAUGGAUGAAUUAUAUUGAAGUCAUAUAGUGCUCUAUACAUUUUCUCAAUGCAUUACUUUACAGUUAAGACUUUUCCACAUACCAAGACUGAAUCCUGCCAAGUCUCUCUCAGGAACUUAUCAGAUAUCUUGAAACGCUAUAACACUUUGAAUAUUGUAUGUCCCACUUAACUUUAAACUGGGACUUAUGUUUCUCCCUUUCUCAGGACCAGGGACCGCAUUUAUAUUUUGAUGUACGGUAACUUAAAUUGAUAUUGGUGCUUUGAGUUGACAAACUGCCUUAGAUGUAUGUUUGUCUCCUCAAUUUCUCACUGUCACACACAUCCAGCCACACCAGCAAAAGACUGCAGGUUUGUUCGACUAGUCUGAAGAUGUCGUGGAAAAGCCUCAUCUCUUCCUACUCUCUCACACAUGUCUCAAUCCCUCUCCUCUUUCUCAAAAUGAAAUGUCCUUUGACCUUCAGUGUUGUGAUCCUUACAUAGGAGAACGCUGUGUAGUUGAAGGAAUUAAUUUAACUCUCUCAGUAAAGCCAGGGCAGGUUUGAGGUGCAAUAGGCAAACCUACGUUCCAAAACACCCUGGGUUGUCAUGGAAACUCUUGGUGUUGGUGCUUUUAUCUUAAAUAUGAUUAAUGACAAAUUGAAAUUUGUUUAGCUUUUUAUGAUUAAUAAAAUGUUUUCUUAUAAAGUGUUUCAUUUGCGUCUCUGCUUAUUGGUGAUAUUAUGCAUAUUAAAAAAAUGCUUUUCUUUGUUUUUUCCCAAGUUUUUUUAGGCUUUAAACUGAAGGAGCCCGACAAUGACGCUAUGUAGGUGUGGGAUUAGUUCAUUAUUUUUCUACUAUUAGAGUAGUACGUUCUGUACAAAGCUAGGCUUAUCGGUUUGCCCAACAAUGGACAGUAGUGUUUUGAGAAAUUGCUCUUCAUUUCUGUCUGUAGUGGGGAAUGCACAUUUCAGAAAGAAAUGUCCACAAUUGGGGAAAUAAUGUACUGCUUUACCAUUUUCUGUAGGCCUAGUAAAUAAAAGCAACAUUUGAUGUAAUGUUCUGGGAUUACUCUGAAAUACACAUUGUUAAAUAGUGUUUUGCAUUAUUACGUGUUUUUUCAAGCCGUUAAAUUAUUGUUUUUGUCAUUUUGUUUGUGGAUUUGUGAAUCCCUGCAGGAAUUUGUGAAUUAACCUUGGUUUUAUCACUUGGCCCGGUUGACCACCAAGCAGGACAGACUCAACUCAAUGACCUUGGUCGUCUGCAAAAUAAGGCUGCAGCUGUGGAAUUUGUCAUUGAGGCCCUUCUCAACCCCAGAGGUCUCAACAGCAGCAUCUCAUGGUCUGGCCAUCAGAGAUCCUUUAAUCGGUCAGACAUAAAGAGCGCUCCUAUUUAGCACACACACUUGUAUUCUAUCUGGCAUGUAGCACAUCCAUACUCCACCCCACUGUCCUUAGAAUAACUGCUGAGAAGACUUUUGAAUGCAAAUGUGUCUAAUCUAUCAUCCAAUUACAGUCACCUUUAAAAGCAGCCACUUGUGAGGCAAUUCAAUGAACAUUCCAAUAUCUGUUUGUGCAUUGCUAGAAAAAACAUUGUGUAGAAAAACUAAGAAAAGGCAGGAGGUUGAAACGAUAGGAUAGUGUUUAGAGUCGGCCAGUUGUCAAUGAAAGGCCUUUAGAAAUGUGAUUACAUUCAUGUUUUUCUGUCUCCAAGCGUCCUUAUCUUAGGUGUUUGUCAGUCCCCAGUCUAUCCUCACCCACAGGGAGGGCAGGUGUCAAUCUGCAACACACACAAUGCUCCGUAGUCUUGCUUCCUUUCCAUAGUUUUCUCAGCCCACCAUAGUAUUCACAGAAUUGGGUGGCAGGUAGCCUAGCGGUUAGUGUUGGGCCAGUAACCGAAAGAUUGCUUCUUUGAAUACCUGCGCCGACAAGGGGAAAACUCUGUCGGUUUGCAGUUGAGCAAGGCACUUAACCCUAAUUUGCCCCAGGGGGGCCGUACUACUAUGGCUGACCCUGUAAAACAACCCAUUUCACUGCACCUAUCCAGGUGUCUGACAGAACAUUUACUUUAGCAUACUGUUCCUCAACAUGUUGAGGAAACAAUGUUUCCCCCAUCUUUCAAUGGACACAUCACAUGGUAUUGAGGAAGUGUACUACACAAAACCCUUCUCCCUUGCUAAACCAAGUGUUUGAUCCAGACAUGACGGGCUGCCAUGAGGCUGUGGUGCGCAUUCUGCCUGAUACUGAUGAGUGUCCCCACACUGGACAGCCAUAUUUUGGAAGUACACCAGCUCAUGUAGAGGUAGUUGAGAAUAUCCUUUCAGCAAUUUGAAGUUUAGGUCCAGGAAAGCGAGCUGAGAGGAUUUGACUUGGUUUUGGAGUUUGCUCACACUGAUGGUGCUCAAAUCUAGCUGAAGAAGCCAACAAAGAGAAACAUGGGAUACAUGUUUGGCACCCAACCAGAUAUGGAUCUGAUUCUGAAUGAAAUGGGAUGUUAUGUCUUGUCUACUCUCCGCCUUCCCUCCAAGAUCAAGUUCAUACUGCUCCUUGCCUUUAGAAACCUUAGAACAGUAGCCUUAAGCGCCAUCACUUUCACCAGUCAAUCUACAGCCUUACAGGUUAGAACUCAUUACCUACUCAUUUACAACAUUACUGAACUUCUUGUCUUUUACAUUUUAGAAGUCUCUUGUCUUACCAUAGACCAUUUAAAGACUGGUGUAAUGCUGUUGGUAUCGGACUGACCACCUUUCCCCAUUUCAGACAGGAUGAGGAACUGUGUUCUCUUAAAAUACAUACUAACAGGAAAGCUAUCAGAGGGCAAAGGUCACCUGAAAUGGCGAAUCAAUGUUGACACAAAAACACCAGAUACAGGUAAGAAGAACACUUCAUCUUGUACAGCUUAUCGUGUUCCAAGUUACAUGCUGAUGGAAGGAAAGCAUAUUAUAAAGCUUAUUUACCCUUCUCAGGGCUAAAGUUGUCUGAACUACAAGGUAUCAUGAUUGGUGAAGGAGCAAGAAGUGAUGUCAGUGUCAUUCCCCUGGUGCUUUUCUCAAUGGCUGAAGGAUUUAAUGAAAGGGCAGUUGGCUGGCUUUUUUUUUAAUAUAUAUAUUUUUCUUAUUUUAAGUAAUUGAUUCUUAAAUUUGUGUAAUUGUCCUUCUCCCAGUGACAAGCCAAAGUCCCUCCCCUGCUUCCUCCAGGACCUAUGCUUUUCUGUGUGAGCUGCAGGAGUUCCUCAGUGCUGUCCAGCCACCACAGAUGCAGUCACAACCACGGGCUGCUCCGGUCCCGCUGUAUACCUUGCAUUAUCUCCCCACCCUGUCCCUUGGGGUGUCGUCCAGUGAGACCGUCCUGGCCGGGCUGCUCAACUCCUCAGCUCUCACGCUGUUCUCCUUUCCCACACUGGGCUCUGUUCCAGGGGCAUCACAGGGAGCUGGCCCUGCGGCCUGCCCUGCUGGAGGUGCUCAGGCAGAGGCUGGAGGAGGUUGUGAUCCAGAUGAGGACGGAGGAGGUGGGCAGGGAUGCACGAGCUGUGGAGGCUCCGGGAACUAUGUUCUUCCCAAAGAAGGUGUGGAGAGGGAGCAGCAGGCCAGGAGGGCCCAGGGAAGGGACACCUGUGUCGGCUGCACAGCCUCACCGUGUCCCUGGAGAAAUUCCGGCUGGCUCAUCUACAACUACCAGGGAGUCUGCCGCUUUCCCCUGACCAACGGUAACAACCAGGUCCUCCUUCUGAACAGCCAGGUCCAGAGGGGCCCUGGAGCGCUCACCUUUUGUGUGCCUAUAGACAAUGAGGACCUCAAGGUGGUGGAGUUGGAUCAGGGUGGAACCAAGAUCUCCAUCAAACCCAACAUGGUGGCCAAGGAGUGUGGUUGCCACUGUUUCCUCCAUGUGGUCCAAUGACCGUAAUAAUGGCUAGGGCCAGGCCAACUGAAUGGGUGGACCAUUACUCAUAAGUCAAUUUUGUUUAAUGUAAAUACAUCACCACAUCUAAUUCUCCAUUUGUGCUCAAUCAUGUUCUGCCAAAUAUUAGCUGAUUUUACAUUUUAAUACACUUUUUGUUACUCGUCAAUUUCAAACUCAAUGGCACAAUGCAUAUAUUGGAUCUUUCAAAUACCAUUUGAUAAUUAUCAAUUUGCAUCCAAUGAAAAGGCAUAUUAAAGGCAAAAAUAAUAUUUAUUUGAAUAUGAGAUGGGAACCAGCAUCUCAAGGUCCUGGAGUGGCCUAGCCAGUCUCC